UAAAAACAUGGCGGCAGUGUAUACAUGUAUAUGUGCAUAUAUGUAAUUGUGUUUACCGCGUUGUAUACGAUAAAAUUGUCUGGCUACAAACUGUAAUAUUAAAAAUUUCAACAUGCCAACUUGUUGUGUUCCACAUUGUAAAAAUUAUUAUCAGAAAGGCUUUUCACUCUACUCGCUUCCUGCAGAUCUUACUAGAAGAGCAUUGUGGAUUACCAAUAUUGGGAGACAGGAAUGGAAUUCCUCGAGAAAAUGGUUUAUAUGCAAAGUACACUUCUCCGAUAAUAUGUGGGAGAAGCCUCACAUUGAUGGAAAGCGAAAAUUAAAGCAACAUGCAGUUCCAACAAUUUUCGAUAAUAUACUUACUUGCUGAUACAAGAAAUGUUACAAAUGAAAAGUCAGCUUUGAAGAUAGUUUCAGAUAAUAAUGAUGAUAAUGGAGCUAACCCAAAUCCUUCUAUGACAAGACAAAACUCAUGUGAAGACAAA